ACCCAGCCCUUGCGCGGCGAGAGAAUUUUUGAAACGAGGCGAUACCGCCACCGCCGCGCCAAAUCAAAGCCCCCUCUCCUCUUCAGAUUCGUUUCAACGGCCGGCGCCUCCCGCAACCCGUCCAGAUCCAUCCAUCUAUAAUACUUCCGCGAGAAUUCCCUCUCCUCUCCCACCCGCGGACGCACCAAGAUCCAAUCCUCGCGAGCAGAAUCGAUGGCGACGGCGGCGGUGAUGGCUGCUGUACCCUCGUCUUCGCCGGCCGACGCGGCGGAGGCUGUGGUUAUGACGGAGGCGGUGCCUUCUCUCCCGCAACGCCAGCAGCCGGUGUUCGUCGAGGGCAGAGGCGGGAAGCUGCGUGACCACGCCUACAGCCGCAAGCAGAAGUCGCUCGGCCUCCUCUGCUCCAAUUUCGUCGCUCUGUACAACCGCGACGACGUGGAGUCUAUCGGGCUGGACGACGCGGCUAGGAGGCUCGGCGUGGAGAGGCGCCGGAUCUACGACAUCGUCAACGUGCUCGAGAGCGUAGGGAUCCUCGUGAGGAAGGCCAAGAAUCGUUAUUCUUGGAUAGGCUUCGGCGGCGUCCCAAUGGCAUUGCGAGAACUCAAGGAGAGGGCAUUGAGAGAGAAGUCUGGAUUGGCUCCUCUGCCCGUGGAGGAGCCGUCUGCAGCCAUUAUGUCGGAUGACGAAGAUGAAGAUAAGAUGGGUGACGCUGAUGGUGAUACCGAGAGCGAGAAGCUGAGUCAACCAGUUGACAACCCUUCUGACAACAAGCCAGGCGCACCUCGCUGCCGGCUUAGAUCUGACCAUAGGAAGGAGAAGUCGCUUGGGUUGCUCACGCAGAAUUUCGUGAAACUCUUCCUGACCAUGGAGGUUGACACAAUCUCACUUGAUGAAGCUGCAAAGCUGCUACUUGGAGAAGGUCACGCAGAGAACAGUAUGAGAACUAAAGUCCGGAGACUGUAUGACAUUGCUAACGUGCUGUCAUCACUGAAUUUCAUUGAUAAGAUACAACAGGCAGACUCAAGGAAACCUGCAUUCCGGUGGUUGGGCUCAGCGGGGAAACCAAAAGCUGAAAAUGGUGUCACAAUCGCAGUACCUCCACCAGGGAAGACCAUAUCGAACAAGAGAGCAUUUGGGACUGAACUCACUAACAUUGACAUAAACAGAAGCAGACUGGACUCAACAAUCCCAAAGAAAGCAAAGCUGACACUGAGUGGUGGUGAAAUUUUGAAGAACUGCAAAUUGUCAGUGCAGAAACAGCUCGGGCAGGGUAGCAAGGGUGGUUUUGUUUAUGGGCCUUUCCACCCUGCUGGUGCAAGAAAACAAGAGCUUGACAAUGGUAAUAAAGGACACACAGAUAAUGUUCAAAACUGGGAGAGCCUUGCUGCUUCAUUUCGACCACAAUACCAGAACCAAGCAUUGGGCGAUCUUUUUGCUCAUUAUGUGGAAGCCUGGAAAUCGUGGUACUCUGAAUUUGCGCAAGGCAGCAGCAUGAUGCAGCAGCACUUUGGCAUGCCUGUCAUUAACCAGUUUUUGUAGUCAAAUCAUUAAUCUCAAGCACUGUAUUUCUUACCGCGUGCUUGGGAUUUUACCUGUACAAUUUGUCAAGAAAAUGAGGGAACAAAGACAUGACCUAGGCCUAGGAUCCAUUGUAUUUACUCAAUGCAGGAAAUAUCCAGGCUAUUCAGUCCAAAAGAUAAACUCGCCUCAUUGUUAGGCAUGUAACUGUUAAUUCAUCUAGCUAUAAGCUUUCCUUACGUUUGUGCAUUCUAAA